UGGGCAGUUGCCUCGCGCGUUCUUUCCUCUGUCCAUGGUGCUUGUUUUCGCGGAAUGGUCGAGACGCUGAGCAUCGCAGUGAUCGGUGCCCCCGGAGUUGGGAAAACUUCCAUCAUCCGCCAGUUUAUUUAUAAUGACUUUUCCGAGGUUUACACGCCUACCCAGGCCAGGUACGUCUACCGGCCAUCGGUCAUUCUGAACGGAAACAUGUACGACCUGAAGAUUUUGGAUGUCCCGCCAAUUUCCUCUUUCCCCUCCAGCACCAGCCAGGAGUGGAUGGACCUGCGCUGCCGAGGUGUGCGCAACGCCAAUGCCUACAUCCUGGUUUACGACAUCUGCUGUGUGGAGAGCUUUGAGUAUGUCAAGAUGAUCCGGCAGCAGAUCAUGGAGCACAGGGAGGCCAGUGGUAGCGAAGUGCCCAUCCUGGUGGUGGGCAGCAAGCGCGACCUGCAGCGACAUCGCUUCACACCGCGGCGGGCUGUCUCCGUGCUGGUGAAGAAGACGUGGAAAUGCGGCUAUGUGGAGUGCUCAGCCAAGUUCAACUGGCACGUCGUACUGCUCUUCAAGGAGCUGCUUGGCAUCGCUGUGGCUCGUGGCCAGCGCCAGAACCACACCUCCAUCCGCCUGCAGGGGGCACUGCAGCGCAACCGCUGCUCUGUCAUGUGACCUCCAGCAAUGGGCAUCGCAAAUCAGAAGAGCUGGAUAACACCCAGAGGCCUCCUCAUUGCACCAGUCCCCCACUCCACCUUGCCGGAGUGCCAUCUCGCUACGCUCAAGCAGACUUCCAGACACACUGUUGCACUAACGGCUCCACCCUGUCCGCAUCACUUCUACGAGGGCUUAUUGUUGCUCCUCGAGUUGUGUCGGCCAGUGAGCUACACGUAGCAGGCAAGGCAGGCGUGCUGUGCCUUCAUCCCCUCGCCUCACCUGGCUUGAUGACCCCACUGGUCAUCGCUUCACCUAGUAGCCUGGCAACAGCUGCUGGGACACUGCGGCGUACAGUAGGGUCAUAAGCAGGAAAAUGGAAAUAAAAUGUUUCUUAAGCAGUGCAUGCUUUUCCAGGGGACUGUUCAUUUCAUUCAACCUUCUCACUGGAUAUUUUUGGUUGGAUUGUGUUUAACGAUCUAAUUGGAAUUGACAUGAAAAUUCAGGUAUGGUUAUUCUUUUCCUGACCUGAUGCUGCAGCUUGAUAACUUGCAAUGGUAUUUGAUAUUUGAUUGCAGAAUUUUCCGGAAGUCUUCCUCUUACAGUGAAACUAGUCAGACAAACAGAUGAGUGCAGCAUGGCACUUAAAGCCAUUCUGACAAACUGGAAAGCGAUAUAAAUGGGCACUGUGUCAAAAAUAAAUAAAAGACAAGCAGUUAAAGGGAUGUUCAUUUAUGUUCAGGGUCUGGCGGAGCCACAAUGGCAGCUCACAGAACCAGAAUGGCAGAGAUGCUCUCAGGCAACCAAUAUGAGAUUCCACUACCAGUAGACAUAAUGUGCUGGUUUCAGGUGGGAUUGUGGAUAGUAGAACUGGUCCACAUUUCCCAGAUGUAGAUCUGCUUAUCCGGCAGCCGGUGUAUUUCCUAUUCCAAAUACGUCUGCUGGUGAGUAAUGCAAACCCGUCUAACUGUUCACUAGCCAGUUUGAAGCAGGUUAAAAAAUGGGAUAGGGCGGGGUCACUUCACGGCGAUCAACAAAUACCUUAAACUAACACAUUCACCCCAAUAUCCUCUUGAUCGGUCUAUCCUCCGCCCAAUUACAUUUAACCUCAUUACGUUCACGGUAAUGUCCCACACGUAUAUUAUAACACUAGCGUUCGUCGUACAGUGCGUGAAACCACACUUAAACCACAUUACACAAAUACCAAUGUGAACGUGCGCAGCUCCUCACAGAAUAUGCAAAAAUAGUUUUGCGCACGAAAUAUGCCAGCACUACUAAUAUUAGCUGCAAAAUCUCAGUCGCAGUUAAUUUGUAUUCCACCAGUCUCAGAACAGCAUAAUCACCUUCUAAUGCUUUUAACGUUAACAAUAAAGCCUCCCUUUUUAAAAGAGUUUCAGGCCACCUACCUCUAAGAUGAAACAUUAAAUACAGGGGUCUUAAUGUAUUAGUACUCGUGAAUUGUUUUGUUGUGUAUUAGUAGGAUUUUGGUGUGUCGGUAUGUCUACCGAAUUAAAUUUGUGAUGGCAACUCACAGAAAUAGGCAUUAAAUUCACUCAAACAAACAGAACUGUGAUGCGGUAGUAGUACUACUAUCAGCCACUAGAUGGCAAUAGAUGGCUAUAAAACAAUCAUCCAAUGUCGGCGAAACCGCCGUGGGCAGAAGGUUAUGAUCGUGGCCCCAGGGCUUCGAAGCGUUUAAUAUUGGUAAUGAUUUUCAUCUUCUUGGACUGAGGAUAGUGUUUGUGUCAUGUCACGGUUUAAAGGGCUACUAUUUUCUAAAUACGUGAAUAUUUUUAUUUUUGACCUGUGUUUAGGUUUGCGUUUAGGUUUCGUAGCUGUCUAUGUGAUGUUUUGGCACUGAAGAAAAUUAAUAAAAUGUGAGACUAAAAUAUCUUUAAAAUGUGUAUUGUUUUAAAUCUUGUUAAAAUCCAUACAUUCAAUCCGCAUACGUUUUGCGAGUAUGUC